AUGGGUCGCUUUGGAAAGCCGCAAGGCGAUGCUACCGAGCGCGCCGUCACCGCCAGCCACCUCAGCAAGGGCCAGUUGUACUUCAGCUUCGCCCUCGUAUCGUCGCUCUUCUUUGUUUGGGGUCUCUCAUACGGUCUGCUCGACUCGCUCAACAAGACUUUCCAGGACUCGCUUCACUUGACCAAAGCUCAGAGCACGGGCUUGCAGGCCUGCUACUUUGGCGCCUAUCUCGUCAACGGGCCCAUCUCUGGCCCAAUCGCACGCAAAUGGGGAUACCGCGUUAGUAUCCACGGCGGCCUCGGCCUCUUUUCCCUCGGCGCCAUCAUGUUCUGGCCUUGUGCAGUAUACUACUCGUACCCCGGUUUCCUCGUAUGCACGUUCGUUACAGCCUCCGGUCUCGCCUGGCUCGAGAUGGCGGCCAACUCGUACAUCACCGUCUUGGGAGGUCCUGAUAUGGCCGCUUUCCGUCUGGUCUUCGCCCAGUCCUGGAACGGUGUCGCGUCGGUGCUCGGACCCAUCAUUGCCGGGCGUACCUUCCUGAAGACCGGACACUCGCACACGCUCAACCACCUGCAGUGGGUGUACCUGGGCAUCUCUGCGUUCGGAUGCAUCAUCAACCUACUCUUCUUUGUUGCCAAGCUUCCCGAGAUCAAGCAGGAGGUCGACUCGUCGAUCGAGGAGAAGCCCGUGUCGAUCUGGACGCAGAAGCACCUGAUCUACGGCUUCAUUGCCGAGUUCUUCUACGUCGGUGCGCAGGUGGCGGCGGCCUCGUUGACCAUCAACUACUACGUCGAGCAGCCGGGGCUCAACAUCUCGGUGACCAAGGCUGCCGAUCUGUUCUCGGUCACCCUGGCCGUCUUUACCAUCGGACGAUUCCUCGGUGUUCCCAUCCUGGCUCGCGUCGACAGUGCGCUGAUGCUGUUCAUCUGCGGGUGCGGAUGCAUCAUCAUGUCGGUGCUCACCGCCGUCGUACCUGGAGCCGGCGGUAUCGCGUGCCUGAUGCUCAUCUUCUUCUUCGAGUCGGUGUGCUACCCCAUCAUCUUCACGCUGGCCACAUCGAACCUUGGUCCCAACCAGAAGCUCGGCUCGGCGCUCGUCGCUGCGGGUGUUUCGGGCGGUGCGUGGAUGCCUAGCGUGCAAGCUUCUGUAGCUGAUGCAACGUCGACGCGCCGCUCGUUCUUCAUCCCGAUCAUUGGAUUUGUGGUCGUGUCGGCGUACGGGCUGUACAUGCACUUGCGCGGGUGCAGGCAGCAGGGCUACUGGAGCUGGCGCAAGCUGGACAAGGAGACCACCAUGGGGAUCACUGUCACCCCCGAGCGAGCCGACAUCGAGCACGUCGAGUCGACCGCCUCGGACAAGGACGUCAAGGUGGGCCAGGCCGGUACGACGUAUGCCACCGUGCCUUACCAGCAGUGA